CUCUAAUGAUGUGCUAACAGGAGCAGACAUAGCAUCUGGCCCUGUGUGGAUGGAGUACAUAGCCUUUCUAAAAUCAUUGCCGGCUGUGAAUGCUCAAGAAGAAUCACACAGGAUGACUACUGUGAGGAAAGUCUAUCAGAAGGCAAUUGUUACUCCUACACAUCACAUUGAACAACUUUGGAAGGACUAUGAAAAUUUUGAAAAUUCUGUCAGUCGUCAGUUGGCUAAAGGACUCAUAUCUGAAUAUCAGCCCAAAUAUAAUAGUGCCAGGGCAGUUUACAGGGAGAGGAAGAAGUAUGUUGAAGAAAUUGAUUGGAAUAUGCUUGCUGUACCACCAACUGGAUCCUACAAGGAGGAAAUGCAGUGGGUGGCGUGGAAGAGACUUUUAUCCUUUGAAAAGUAAGAAGCAUGUGCCAUUUUUCUUUUUCAGCUAAUUGUUUGUAUUAUAUGUGUACAAGUGAAGAAUAAUUCUCACCUUACAUCGAUUAGUGAGGUGGUUAGAAUAAUGUGUAUAAGUGAAGAACAAUUCUCAUCUUACAAACUGGUUUUGUAAGGAUGAUUUAGACUUAAACACACAAUUCUUGCAAUUUCUAUAUGGUAUCAAAGUCUAUCCUAGGUAGUGUUGUUUGGUUUAUCAGGCCACUUGUUAUUUGGCCGUCAUCAAAUCACUUACAAUAUCCAUUCAUGCAAACUAUAAUAUAUACACUUCAGAAGUCCAAUUCUUAGUGUGAGGAUGUGUUUUAGAGAUCUCACAUCGACUAGUGAGAUGGUCAUACUAGUGUGUAUAAUUGGGGAGUGAUCCUCACCUUACAAGCCAAUUUUGUAAGGAUGAGUUAGACCCAAACAUAAAAUUCAUGCAAUUCCUAUAAAGGAAAAUUGAGAAAAGUAAAACACCAACUUAAAAGAACUAUUUAAUAUCUCUACCCAUUUGAAAAUCCAAAUUUUAAAAGAAUUCUUUUUGAGUGUAUCAUCAAUCAACUAUGUGGAAUGUUCUGUCAUAGACCAACUCUCUCCAAAUCUUAAGCUGUUAAGUAGAGGUCUAUCAUUGAUCUUUGUCUCUCUUAACACAACUGUUCACACAAGAGUCUUUGGGCUUAAAGUGAGGACAAUGCCAAGACUCACUUUCUCUGUGCUUAAAUUUAUUAUUGUUAUGAAGAAUUGGGAGCAUGAGAGUAGAGUUUUACUCUGUAACUUGUUCGCUAUAAUCACUGUAUUUUCAACUAUUUAGUUCAGGCUUGUCAAGUGACAAUUGUACUUUGUAACAUACUCCUAGCCUUUUUGGUUUCUUGUGUAUAUAUAGCUAAUCUUUGAUCUUUUAUAAGUGCGUAAUUGAUUUUCUCAGAAUACGAAGCUUCUUUUCUUACUUUUUCUCAGCAAUCUAAUAUAGUACCAUGAGCACGAUUCUAACACUAGAUCCAAGCUCCAAGGUUUUUGAUCAAAAUCCUCUUCCUCCACCUCCAUUGGUCAAUGCGGGGCCUAUUUCUGCCUUCCCACUGGUAUCAAAUGUGGUGGCUGCUAAUUUUUCUCAUUCAAUUUCUGAAAAAAUUGAUUUGAAAGAUCAUCUUCUAUUGAUUUAGCAAGUUAAACUAGUGAUUAAAGGCCAUCAAUUACGUCAGUACCUUGUAAAUCCCCAAAUUCCUCGAAAAUACCUAAAUAUUGCCAAUUAUGAGGCUUGUAGAAUUUUUGAUUCCUACCUUGCUUGGGAACACGAAGAUCAACUCCUUCUCUUGAUGCAAUCCUCAAUCUCACGUGAAAUGCUUGUGCAUGUGUUGGUUGUAAAACCUCGUGGAAGCUUUAGGAUAAAAUCCAUGCCAACUUCCAUUUGCACAGAUGCUCAUCAAUUUCUCAUUGAGCUUUGCAACACUAUGUAGGAAAAUAGCAUGAUCUUUGAAUUAUUUUUCCUCGUAUUAAACCCUUGGUUGAUGCUCACAUUGCAAUUGGCAAUGCAAUAUCUCCUAAAAAGCACCUCAAUAUCAUACUUAAAGGCUUGUUGGAAGAGUACAAAUCCACCGUCUUUAAUCAUUAGCAAGUUUAGUCCAUUUUUGAUCAAUGAUGUAGAAACUCUCUUGUUGGCGCAAGAGGCUCAUCUGGAUAAGCUUAAGAAGACUCAAGCCUCUGUUAACAUUGCCAAGUCUGGUUCAUCUGCUUUGCCUCUGCCUUCAAAUCUGCUACAAGUUAAUGUCGCCAAACACACUUCUAACCUACAUUUGAUUCUUUUGCUGGUAGAAGCAAUUUCUCUUCUUGUGGUAAUCAAUCUAGUUAUGGUAGCCAUUUUGGUGGCCAUUGGGGUUGAGGUUGUUCUAUUAUUUAGUGUCAAGUUUGCCAUGAGUAUAGCCAUGAUGCCUCAAUUUGUUAUCAUAGGUUUGAGGAGCACUUUGUUCCUAUUGUACCACAUGACACUCCAGGCUAUGGUAAUUUUGUGCCAACUCUGUGGUACUUGAAUCGGUGGCCAUCAUACUCAUUUCAAUCUUCAUGUCCUUUUUCUCAUGUUCCAGCUAUGCCACACUUUGUCCUUCCUCUAUGAAUUGGAUUGGAUUAGGCCUCCUUCACAGCCAGCUCCAAUAUCUGCUCUUAGGCCUCAAGCUACGCUCACUGGUGUUGAUUCUCUUGCACAAGCACAUUGGUAUCUUAAAUUGGGUGUCUCUCAUCAUGUUACUAAUGCUUCACAAAACAUUCAACAACAAACUCCUUUUGAAGGACCAGAUCAAAUUGUUAUGGGAAUGGUCUGGGCCUUAGUAUUCAUUUUGCAAUUACUAAUUUUUUUCCUAUUAAUUCCAAAAUUCCAGUUGUGCUCAAUAAUCUGUUAUAUAAGUGUUAGUCAAUUUGCUAAAAAUAACUCUGUUUUUUGAGUUUCAUCUAUCUUUCUACUUGGUUAAAUUCAAAGGGUACCAAGGAGGUUCUCCUCAAAGACACAAUGGAUCCUGAUGGUCUUUAUCAAUUUCCAUCCAUACUAUAUAUGUCAACUAUCUCCAACUUUCAUACUUUUGAUUACUUGGAUAUACUUGAAUAUCAAACUUAGAAUGAUUGAAUGCUAGAGGAGGUUGAUCCUCAACCCUUUAUUUAUAAUGAUUAGAAAUAAAUUACAAUUAUGAUGAGAUCCCUUUAUUAUAGGGAUUAUACAAUCAGACAUUAAAUACAAUAAAACGGUAACUUAACAAGAAUAAUAAAAACAAAAAUAUGAAAUAAUAAUGGUAGAGAUCAAAUGAAAAUCUGGAACAAAUCUUAGAUGGUAAUAUUGAUCAAAUCUCAACACUCCCCCUUAAGCUGGAGCAUAUAGAUCAUAAACCUCUAGCUUGGAACAAAUGUAGGAUAUCCUCAGCCCUCUGAGAGACCUAGUAGAAAUAUCUGUUGGCUAAUCAUUAGAAUUGACAAAAGAAGUGGUAACGUUUUCAAAAACUAUCUUCUCCCGCAUAAAAUGACUAUCAAUUUCAAUGUAUUUUGUUUGCUUAUGGAAGACUGGAUUAGAUGCUAUGUGCAAGGUUGCUUGGUUGUCACAAAUAAGUUUCAUGUACUCAAUUUUGCAAAACUAAAGUUCACUUCGGAGUUGCUUUGGCCAAAUCAGCUCACAAAUAGUAAUAGACAUAGCACGGUGUUCUGCCUCUGCACUAGACCUUGGCAUAGUUUGUUGUUUCUUACUCUUCCAUGAAAUUAGAUUUCCACCAAUUAAAACCCAAUAUCUAGAGGUUGAUUGGCUAUAACUUAGGGAACCAGACCAAUCUACAUCUGUAUAUACUACAAUAUCAAUGUAACCUCUAUUGUCAUAAACUAACCCUUUUAUAGGAGACCCUUUUAUAUAUCUCAAAAUUUGAACCACAACAUCCUAGUGACUUUUGCAUGGAGAAUUGAGAAAUUGACUAACAAUGACUACAUAGGAUAUGUCAGGUCUAGUCAUGGUAAGAUAAUUCAAUUUCCCAACUAGUCUACGGUAUCUUUUUGGAUUCGGGAAAGACUCCCCCUAAUCUGGCAUAGGCUUGGUAUUUGGAUUAGUGUUGUCAAAUGGCCGUUAUGGCAGCGCCAUAACGGUAUGGCAGCGCCAUAACGGUAUGGCAGCUGCUGUCGCGAUCCCUUAUGGCUGUUUGGCCUAUGUAUGGAGGGGAAUUUUGCAUAUGGCGGCCAUUACGGCGAUAACUGCAUGGCGGUCCAAGGCAUUCAUGGCACCGUUAUGGGCCUCAAUUUUUCAUUUUUUCUGGUUUGGGCCCGAGUUCUUUCCUAGGUUGGGCGACCCAUUAACUUAAUUUUGUAAAAUAGGGUUGCUGUAGCCUGUAGAAACCCUAAUGCACAUUGGCCUCUCCUUCGUGCAACCAUAGUAGUCAAUAGUGGGCGGAGCGGCCGCAAUCGCGGCACAUCGGAGCAGAGCGGCCCAACCCCACCAUUUGGAUGCUGUCGUGUCGCAGAUGAGUGUCGUGGCCAGAGCGGCCAGAAACGCGAGAA